AUGAACUUCACAUUACACAAACGCUGUGUUAUGUAUUUGAUCCUUGGUGCUUGUGGUAAUCCAGUCAAUGCUGCAGCCAGGGCUUAUAUAGAAAGGUAUCCAGGACACCACCAUCCAGACAGGAAUGUGUUUUUGAUGGCUGGACAAGAGGACGAGGUGUUCGGAAACAUCCUACCACCACUGCCAUUGGAUAGGGACCUGAACCAUCUGGACUUCUUCCUUUGGGGACACCUGAAAGAAAUUGUUCACAGGCAUAUGCUGAUUAACAUGGAAGACAUGGCAGCAAAGUUUCAUGCUGCUGUGGCAGUCAUUGAUGCAGAUGUGUUACAUUGUGUGCAAGCUAGUAUUCAGUCGGAUGUUACACAUGGUAGCAGUAUUAGUGAAAUACAUGUCAGAAAAAGUCAUAAUUUGAAACAUAUUGACAACAAGUCAGAGCCGAGCAGUUCCAAAUCACCUAAGAAAAACAGAAAAAGUUCCAAGUUUCCUUCAGAAAUACAUCAGAAUUUAUCAGACCCUAAUAUAAAGACAGUUUCUUUAGACAAAAGGGAUAUUUUCACACAAUUUCCCAUGGCUGUUGAAUUAUAUGACAAGAAAAGUAGUUAUAACUGCACAAAUGAUAAAUUACAACUGAAAGAAGAGGCAGUUCAAGCACCUAUAUUAUCAGAUAUAUCAACAAAUGGAGACACGUACAAAUUGACUGGCAGUAUGUUAUCAGAUAGCAUAGUUUCUGGAAGAAUUAAUGCAUUCAUGCAGACCAGAAAAAGUAAUUCUGUAACAGACAAAGAUUCUCGGGGAUCAGAGGUGACUGAUGCCCAUAAAUAUACAAGAAAAGCAUCAGAAUCUAAUGAAUGUCAUGAAACUGUAGUGAAAGAAUUAAAAUCAAAUGACAGUCCUUUAUGUUGCUGUGAUUUAAAGAAACUUCUUGCUGAGAUCAGUAAAGAAAUCAGAUUUAAAAAACAAAGGUCUGAAGAUAAAAAAUCUAUUGAAGGUAAUGUGAAGGCCAGUGGUUCUGUUGCAAAACAGAGUUGUAAGGUGUGUCCUUGCUGUGGUGCUCUUGAAGAUCAGAAUGACACCAUAUCAGAGUCAUCACAGGACACUACCAAUGAGUGGAAGUGUUCUAGAUGUUUGAAACUGGAACAAGCUAAAAGAUAUGAUAGAAAAUGCCAAAUUUGUGGUGUAUUGGAAUCUCAGCUACAGAUCUCACAGCAAGAUGGUGUUCAAAACCAGGAUACUUCUUGGAAGUGUAGUGACUGUUUAGCAAGGAAGCUGGAUAAUGCAAGACCAGUGUUUGAUAAAUGCAUGAAUUGUGGACUUCAGAAGGACUGUAAUGAAAGAAAAGAGAAACAAAUUGAUUUUGGUAGUACUAGCAACAAUACAUCUACUACACAAAAGUCUCCUAUUGGAUAUAUUUUAACUCUUGAAACAUCUACAGAUCCAGUCUCUUCCAUGGCAGAAAGGUCAGAAAAGAAGAUGUUAGAAGAAAUUAAAAUUAAAGUCCCUGAAAGGAAGAAUCAUUUAAUUUCUGCUAAAGGAAAAAGAAGGAAAAAAUUCCAAAAGGCAGUUUUAAAAUCAAGCAUGAAGUUUUCUAAAGAAAAUCAUAAAUCCGUAACAAGUAUGGAAGACAGAUCUUUUCCUGAAGAUGAACUCCAAAGGAAUAAGUGUAGAGAAGAACAUACUCUACAGGAAUACCUUAUGGCAAGACGCCCUGACUUCAUUCAGAAUGCUGAGUACCGUCGACAGUGCCUUCAUGAGUUGGCAUACUUACGAGAACUUAGACAGGAAAGCAGACAGUUGUUGGCACUUGCAAGCCACAUACCUCAUUUUAAUGGUGACAACACUGCAUCAGUGAAUAUUGGACCUUUGCCUCAAUCACCAAUGGCUAUAAAGAGAAUAUUCAGCCAGCACACAAUGCGUGCACAGACAGAGCGCAAAUAUCGCAGCCUGCCAGAAGUACUCAGUAAGAAGGCAGAGAAAAAAAAGAAAGAAGACUUUCGUACCAAUAGACUCAUGGCUGAGAUUUUUGCAAGGAAAUUGCAGAGGAGAGUACUGAAAGGUGAUGUAAAUCUCUCCAAUAGCAGAAGUGUCAUUUCUGUUAUAUAAAUUGUCUUCCUACUUAUAUCUCUGUGUUUUGACAAGAACCACAUUUUAGUUCGCACAUAUUUGCUUUAAUACAUGUAACCAAAGAUGUGAAAUAUAAAUUUUUGUUUUAUUAAUAUUAAUUGUAAGUACAUAGCAUAAAUUUAUUUUUUAUUUUUGCA